AUGGAUAAGCCAGCUUAUGAUGUGGUCUACUCAUGGUCACAAUCGUUCGACAAUCUCAUGAAGAAUAAAACUGGACAAAAGUAUUUCGCUGAAUUCUUGAAAGGUGAAUACUCGGAUGAGAAUAUUCUCUUCUGGCAAGCUUGCGAAGAAUUGAAACGCGAAAAAAAUGCCGAGAAAAUCGAGGAAAAAGCUCGAAUCAUUUAUGAAGAUUUCAUCUCGAUUCUCUCACCCAAAGAAGUCUCACUGGAUUCGCGAGUCCGAGAAAUCGUCAACAACAAUAUGGUUCGGCCAUCAUCGCAAACUUUCGACGAGGCACAAAAUCAGAUUUUCACUCUUAUGCAGAGGGACUCCUAUCCAAGAUUCCUCUCCUCAGCCCUCUACAGGCAAAUGCUGGGCACACACGGAACUCUUGAAGAAGUU